GUUACUUAAUCAGUAACCCUGCAGAGUUUCCCCCCCACACUUUUUUCUCCUCUGCGUGUGUGUGUGGGGGCUGGUAUGGGUACGGGGAGUGUGGAGUGUGUGUAUGAUUGUUAGGGGGUGACUGGGAGAGUGUGUGCAUGUUCUUGUGCCUCUGCCAUGGAUUGACAGCAGAAUCUGUGUGCCCCAUCGCAACACAGAACCUCUUUCUUUCUCUCUUUCUCUCUUUCUCUCUCUCUCUCUCUCUCUCUCUCUCUCUCUAUCUCUCCCUCACUCCUUCUCGAUCUCUACUCUAUUCAUCUCUCUCUCUGUUGCUCUCUCUUUCUCUCUCUCUCCUCUCUCUCACGGGUGAAUGGAUAAAGUGGGGAUUCCGGAGGCUACGGGAGUGCCGCUGGGCACCGGGCAGCUUACCGAGGAAACGGCAGCCAGCAGGAAACUGUUUCGCUAUGGCUGGCUAAGACGCCUAGUGCCCCUGAUCUACAGAGAGGAGCUCUACCACGUCCUAUGCCUGACAGGCCCUCUGCUCGUCUCUCGCAUCCUAAACUUCCUCCUGCCCUUCGUCAUCACAAUAGCUACUGGUCACCUUGGAAACGCAGAAUUGGCUGGAUAUGCUUUGGCCUCAGCGGCUAUUAAUGUGGCCACUGCAGCUACGGGCAUGGGCCUGGCUUUGGCCUGCGACACACUCGUCUCCCAGACCUUUGGCAGUAAAAACCUGAAGCGAGUGGGGGAGAUCCUCCAGCGUAGCAUGCUGAUUCUGCUGAUCUUCUGCCUGCCCUGCUGGGCCAUCCUUAUCAACGCAGAGACCAUCCUGUUGGCCCUGUGGCAGGAGCCCGAGGUGGCCAGGAUAGCACAACUGUAUGUCUUGGCCUUCUUGCCUGCUGUUCCGGCCAUGUUCAUGCAUCAGCUACAGGUGUCUUACCUUCAGAAUCAGGGUAUCAUUUUGCCCCAGUUGUACACGGCUGCUGUUGCCAAUGUCAUCAACAUUGCCAUCAACUACAUCCUCAUAUACAGGAUGGACCUGGGAGUACAGGGCUCUGCUAUAGCGUCCAGUUUGUCCCAGAUCAUCCUGUGUCUUCUCUUGUUUGGUUACAUCUGUUGGAAGAAGCUCCAUACAAAGACAUGGGGAGGCUGGUCCACUGCAUCUCUGCAGGAUUGGGGACCCUUCAUGCAGCUGGCCAUCCCCAGCGCCCUGAUGACCUGCUUUGAGUGGUGGAUCUACGAGAUCGGAGGCAUACUCGCAGGUAUGCUGGGCGAGGUGGACCUGGCAGCCCAGCAUGUGCUGCUGGAACUAGGGACCAUAACAUACAUGUUUCCUCUGGGAGUUCAUGCUGCCGUAUGUGUGCGUGUGGGGAACGCCCUUGGGGCAGGAGACGAGGCCAGAGCCCUGAACACAUGUAAAGUUGGUCUAGUGCUCUCUGGAGUGCUGGCUGUGUUUCAGGGCAUUUUGUUUGCUUCAACCAAAUCUUUCAUUGGCUAUAUCUUCACCACUGAUGAGAGCAUAGUACAGAUUGUCUCCACGAAUCUGACGCUGUUCAUAUUCCUGCAGUUCUUCGAUGCACUUGUGUGUGUGUGCUCUGGGAUCCUGGUGGGCGCAGGGAAGCAGAAGAUUGCUGCCCUGUCCAAUCUCAUUUGCUACUACUGCAUUGGGCUGCCAGUGGGCAUCUACCUCAUGUUCGAAGCUGGCCUCAGGAUACUUGGUCUGUGGCUUGGCCUUUUCAUUUGUGUCAUUCUGCAAACCUGCUUCUUUGUCACCCUCAUCUUUAAACUGGACUGGAGGAGAGUGGCUGAGGAGGCUCAGAAGCGUGCUGGGAGGAUUGGGAAGGUGAUGUGUAUGGGACAGAAGCCGUCCCUCGGCCACGCUGUGGUGGACACGAUGGUGCUAGAGGGGUCAGAGAGCCCGGAAAAGAGCACUGACGCCGGGCCAACGGCUGCCGCUGCAAGCACCUGCCCUAAGGAGAAUGGCUACGCGGCGGUCAGCACAGAGGACCAGGGCCGCUUAGAGAGCGGAAAGGAUGGAGGGGAGACGCAGACACCACCAUCACAGCUCUCCAUCACACAGCUAAUGCUGCGCCGAGGACUGACCCUGCUGGUGGCCAUUUUGGCUCUAGCCGCGGGGGUGGCGGUCCACCUGGGCUACCCACCAGAGCUGCUGCACAGCCAGCCAGCAAACUGGACACUGGAAUGGGUCAAUAGCACAGUUAUCCCAACCAUCCUCCCCGAUCCCACUUCUCCCUUCUGAGAGGCAGGGAUGAGCAUCAUCUAUCUGAUUAAACUCUGGGAGGACAUGGAUCCUCUUCCUAAAAGAUUUUUAGGGGGCACGAGUUCCAGUUUAGUUGAUAUUUUGAAUGUGGAUAACAGACACAUUUCUGGGAAAGACCACCCCACUCCAAUCCUCGGUGGGCACCCGCUUCCUCGGUGUGAAGAAUGCACAUGCUACAACUACAAUUCUCAAGGGGGCUUGAAUGUCUAUUGUAUUUUCACUUUAAACUAGAUGACAAUGGGGCAAAAGAUUGUUGAUAUCUGGGCUGGGCCCAACAGCCAAUCAAAUUACACCACUUGUACAUGGCUUGGUCUGAACCACUAUGUUUGUUUCUCAUUCACAGCAGCAGGACCGUGUAUAAACACCAGUUAUAUUACACUGAAGGGACAGCUAGAGGAUAGUGAGGAACAAUUCAAUGAAUUUCACCAAAAGGAUUCGAUUAGGAUCACGGACUGUACCUUUACAAACUCCUUUCCUCUCUUGCUUCCAAGGUGUGCACCGUAUUACAGCUCCCAAACUUAGGCUGUGUCUCAUCCCGCCUACUUGCACACUUCAAAUACUUAGUUUAAGUAUAUAGUACAGAUAUAUAGUACAAUAUUAACCAUCGAAAAGUGGGCACUACUGAAGUAAGCGCUCAGUGCACACUAGCAGUGUAUAAGUAUAUAUACUCUUUUGAUCCCGUGAGGGAAAUUUGUACUGUAAUGGUGUGCUGAUGGAAGUAUGCGGUUUGAGACACAGGGAUUUUAGGAGCAUAAAGCACCUGGGCACAUUCUCUCCAGACAUGCGUCAGCAGAACAGAGAGGAAGUGAGUGUAGCUGGACUGACGUGUGAAAAGACUUGUUUCCUUGUUAUUACUGUUCAUUCAACAUUGAUUUGGUGAGGAAGUAUUUUGAUAUAUUUUGUUUUCAUUUUUAGCAACUGCCUUUUGUGAUUAAUACAUUUAUGGUCAAUCCAGGCCAAUUGUAGAUGAAAUUGAGCAAAAAGCUUUUUUUCAUUCUUCAUCAUCUUGUUGUGACUAGAAAAGACAGAUUAUGGUAUCUUAAAAUAUUGUUUGUUUUGAGAAGGUACUCUGUUCAUCUUCAUAUUUUAUUUCAUUUAAUGAUAAUUUUGAUGCACUGUAAAAUUGGCAACAACUGGUUUACUACUCCCAUGGCACUGAAUAAUUCACUUUACUUAUAUAUACAUUUGAUACCAGAUCCCUGUCUAGUGUAUUUACACCUUGAUGACAAUGACCAGAGUGAAGGAAAAACUAUCGUCUUAACCAUGCUGGGACAUCUACUGAAAGGCUAUAGUUUAAAUCAUUUAGUUCAUAGUUCAAACAUGAAUGUAACAUUGUAAGUUAAUGGAAGAGGGGAGCACCUUGUAUUAGACAUCUCAAAUGCCUUGUUUAUAGGUUUUAUGGUAUAUCUGUAUUGGAUUUUUGUGCAUCAUUUGUGCAUAUUCACUGUCUCUGAGGAGAUGAUCAAAAUAGAUGCUGAAACAAGUGGGAACAAUGAUCCCAUCGGAAUAAUCCACAAGACCUCUGAGGAACUGACAUGUUUUUAGAAUAAAUAAAAAAACAACAAUUUAGAAUAUUUUUUUUAGAGGAGAAUGAAUAUGAAUUCCCAUGUGAUAUUCAACUGAGAGUGGAGUCUUUGUGAAACUGAAGUUAAACCUGAAAUGCUCUUUUCUCACCACAUCAGACCCAGAUCGGCCAAGAGCAUGUUUGAGCUGGGAUGGGAGCGGAACCAACCCAGAGCCCCCUGACAUUUGGGACACGUUGUAUAACAUCAUAGAAUUCAACACAAAUGGCUCGCAUCAAAUAAUAAAACUAAUUCACUUUAA